UCAUUUCUACCUACUACCGGUACUACCUUUUCACUUUUCGUUUUCAGUAUUCAAUUGAGUCAAUUUUAUGAAAGUUGCUACCACAUACUGUUAGUAUUCACUUUUAAGAAUUUGCGUUCAGUCGACGGUUUCCUUGUAGUAAUAAUUGACAAUUGAAGUCCGGAAGACAUUUUUAAUUUUUUAUCCCUUAUAGCUUAUCAGUCGCCGUGAAAGAUAACGCGUCGUAUUUCACCGUACUACUGUGGUAUUUUCCCAUGAAUAUUCUAGAUUCUUCUAUGGGUAUUUGAGCGUUUCGCGAUUUGAUAUCACAAACUGUCGAGUCGAUCAACAAUAAUAAUUGAUUAACCCACGAUUGCCAAGACUUGCAUACAGACCUACUGUCACGUUGAUCCAGUCGUUCAUCCGUUGCAGUCGUUGCACACUUGCGCGUUCGUUAUCUCAUUGCGCAUAGACACUAGGCAAGCCAACUGCACAGUGUUGAGUGUACUAUUACUACACCAUUCGUCAGUACUCAGUCAUCGUCGAAAGUUUUAAUACACACUAUUUGUACUCGGUUUUCUGUGCUGAAAUAUUAUUCAUUUAAAACCGGACGUCUAGUUACAUAACUGUGGUUUGUACUGAUUUACGACAUCGGAUUAAUUAAACCAGUAUAAACAACAUUUGCAAUGAGUACGUGGCAACAGACACAAACUCCAUACGGAUCAGGAGCUGCUCCACCUCCACCUGGGUUUUAUCCACAAGGUGCACCAUAUCCAAAAACUGAUGGUGGUUAUCCUACUGCUGGGGGUUAUCCUACUGCUGGGGGUUAUCCUUCUGGAGGCGGAUACCCUCCUCCAUAUGCACAACAAAAUAUGCCUUAUUAUGGAGCAGGAGUACCAGAUAAUUCUCAAAAUAAUAGCUUUAAUGCACCUGAAAACUUUGGCUUUAGCGAUAAAACUAUACGCAAAAACUUCAUAUGUAAAGUUUACAGUAUUCUGAUGUGUCAACUACUAAUCACAUUAUUAUUUGUGGCUAUGGCAACUUUUCAUACGGAAACCAGAAAUUAUAUUAAAUUACAUCCAGGGCUUAGUCUCAUCGCAAUUAUCAUUACAUUUGGUACUUUAAUUGCACUCGCUUGCUGUGAAGAUUUACGUCGCAAGAGUCCUACCAACUUUAUUCUUUUGUUUGUAUUCACCUUAGCUGAAUCAUUUUUAUUAGCAGUAUCUGUGUCACGUUACUAUCCAGAACAAGUAUUGUUGGCUCUUGGCUUAACUACUUUGAUAUGUUUUGCUCUCACAGUAUUUGCAUUUCAGACUAAAAUAGAUUUUACAGUAAUGGGUGGUUUUUUAACAGUAGCUGUUAUAGUUUUACUAGUUGCAUCUAUUGUUGCUAUAUUUUUCCCUGGUAAAUUGAUGACACUCAUAAUUGCAUCUGCAGGAGCAAUCAUAUUUUCCUUAUAUCUUAUUUAUGACACCCAAAUGAUGGUUGGUGGUGAUCAUAAGUAUUCAAUUUCUCCAGAAGAGUAUAUAUUUGCAGCAUUAACCAUCUAUGUAGAUAUUAUAAACAUUUUUAUGUAUAUAUUGGCCAUUAUUGGAGCUUCAGGUGAUGAUUAAACAUUUCAUGUCUAAAGAUAAUUUAUAAAAAUAAUAUUAAAAUUGUUGAUUGUUUGUUUAAAAUAAACAGAUGUAGAUUAUUA